CUGCUGCAGAGAGAGAGAGACCGACUCCUGCUCGGUAAUCCUGAACCCCAUGGACGGACGAAAAACGCCCAAACCUGGAUUAUGGUUCUGAUCUAAGAUUUCUCCAUAAGACAUGGUGCUACCUGACAAAACCUCCAGACCGUCUGCUCUCAAGAAGGUCCCCCAUCAGCCCACCAAGCCCCGUCACCCAAGCCUGCCCUCCCCGGCUUGCUGCGCGUGCGGACUCUGCAUCAUGCUUGCUGGCAUCAACAUCACCCUGGUGGGAGCUUUCGCCUUUGGCACCUUCAUCCCUUCUGGUAACCCUCCCAUCAUCAUCGGUCCUCUCCUCUUACUGAUAGCCCUGGCCUUUUUCACAGCCUGCUGCGUGGUCAGCAGGAGGCCGCCCACCCACACUGGGUGCCGUAAGGCUAGAGGAGGAGAGAAGUGGGGGCUCGUGCGGAUGGGGACAGCAGCAUUUGAGAUGGAGGCAAGCGAGCACACCCUGCAGGACACUACGGCUGUUCAGCUCAGCCCCACCAACUCCCCCACUUCAUCCCACAAGUCCUCUUCCAGCCAUGUGGGCAACACUGCUCCACCCGGGUGUCAGGAUAGAGCUGGGCUGAUGCUUCCAUCAGAGGCGGCUGUCAUGGGUGUCGCUGGAGAUAACCCCACUUCCACACAGAUGCUGCCCACUCAGAGCACUUACUGAACACAUUAAGGACAUACUUCCUCAACCAGGCUGUUUUAUGUGUGUGUUUUUAUUUGCUGCUUUUGGGUGGAAAUGUGUUGUAUAAAAAACCUAUCUGAUUGUUGCUUAGUUGGUGAUUUCUGUCGCUGAAUCUUUAUUGCUCAGCAGGAUGUUUUUUAUUCAUCCAGAACAGAAACAGGAGCAGAUGAUACCUUAAUCUAAGUGCCUGUUUGUAUACUGCUUGUUGUAUAAAACAGAAUAUCCUGCAUUCAUGUUCUCCUGUGUAUCCACUGUGGUUAGUGCCUGUCACCUUAUACAUCGGUGAAAAGAAGAUGAGUGUGUCCAUCGAGCUUCUCUGAGUCAUGAAAGCUGUUCCUGUGUAAGACUGGUAAAAUCACACACACUUUUUCACACACGUUUUUUUUAAAUGCUUGCAGCAAAAAAUUAGUCAAGAUGAAUAUUGAGGAACAAAUAAGUAAAUGUGCAUAUUAUAGUGUCAUUUUUAUAUUUUUCUGCAGCAGAUAUUACUUGCUUUGGGCACAUAAAGUUGAUAUUUCCUUUGAGAGUUA